AUGGGGUUGUUUUCGAAAAAACGUGCGCCACCUCCAACCAUACCCACAGACGAGGUGAUUCCAGUACGGUUCGUAGACGAGCUCUACCAAUGGUCAUUUGACUUUACGCUCUUUUUCGAAGAUGUAAUGGACGUGGAGAUUCUUCGAAAUUCUGUCGACAGGCUCCUAAACAGAGACGGAUGGCGACAACUUGGAGCGAGGCUGAGACGCUCGAAAAAUGGUAGAUUGGCAUACCAUUUGCCGGUAGAAUUCAAUGAGAAGCGGCCCCUCUAUCUGUUCACUUCGGAGGAGCACGACAUGUCCAUCCACGACCACCCUGUUCUUCGCAAUCUCCCCAACCCAGACGGCAAAAGGCCGACGAUAUUCGAACCCUCGGCGGCGUCGUUCCGUCAAUAUGCGCGCGCUCCAACUACUCCGGAAGCCUUUGACGAUUGGCUCUACAAUGAUAUACCACAGCUCUCGUUCCACGUCGUCAAUUUCCAGGACGCUUCCAUCAUUACAGUCACCGCGCUACACACGCUCACGGACAUGAUGGGACUCGGGUCAUUCUGCCACGCGUGGCAAGCAAUGCUCAGGGGCGAAGAAGAUAGAAUUCCGCCAUUCAUUGGAUAUAAAGACAAGGAUCCUUUGGAGGGACUCCAGCAGGGAAAGAAGCCCCCGAAAUAUAUAUUCGCCGACCGGCUACUCAAAGGCUGGGGGUUUUUCAAAUUCGUCAUUCGAAACAUGUUUGACCGCUGGUGGUAUCCCCAUGCCAGUGUGCGGUACAUAUCUCUCCCUGGGAAAUUCGUCGACAAAUUGACUGCGUCUGCGAGGAAAGAAUUAGAAGCUGCUCAGGGGGACGCAGAUCCAUCUGAGACAUUCAUCUCAGAGAGCGAUGUACUCAACGCAUGGUGGACUCGAAUCAUCAUCAAAAAUCUCAAGCCUCCAACCAAUCGUACUGUUUGUAUAACAAACAACUUUGAUUGCCGAGACAUUCUGGCGAAAAUGGGCCUUUUGCCCAGCUCCAAUGUUGCGUUACUAGGAAACGCGGUAUACUCUGCACCCUGCUUCAUGCCCAUUAGCAAAUUUGCCAACACCGCGUAUCCUCUCGGUUUACUCGCACAUCAAGUGCGAAACACCAUCAAGAUUCACCGUACCGUGGAGCAAGUUCAGGCGCAGGACGCAGAAUACCGCGAGAGCAAAAGGAAGACUGGACAUUUGCCGCUCUAUGGCGAACCCGACAUGCUGCUUUGUCUGGUGACCAACGUCUACCGCGGACGGCUCUACCAGAUGGAUUUCUCGCCCGCAGUUGUCUCACAAGGUGGCCAAGAGGAAAAGAAAAAGGUUGGACGACCCAAUUUUGUCAAUUUUACAGCAAUGGAAUCUCGUUGGGCAACACGCAACGGCUCAGCGAUUCUUGGGAAGAGUAACACUGGUGACUGGUGGAUGAGCAGUCGUUUGCGACAUGAUGUCUGGAAGAAGGUUGAAAAGCACUUUGAGACACUUUGA